GGGAGAUAAUUCUUCUCAAUUUACAGGUAAUUAUCCCUAUGAAGAAUAUUUAUCAACAUGGCAAAUGAAACUGACGAAAUCAAAACAUUGCGAUUGAUAAUAAACGAACAGAAUGAAGAGAUACAACGUUUAAAGGAGGAAUUAGAUAAAAAGGAAUCACCAGCAUUUCACUCACUGACUGAAUUAGAACAACUUACAACUGUGCCACUGAUGACAAAUAAAGAGACUUCUCUUAGUAAUGAGGCUAUUUCCCGAUACAGCAGACAACUUAUUCUUCCUGAAAUUGGAGUGAAAGGACAGAAGAAAUUAUCUAAGACCAGCACCUUGAUUGUUGGUGCUGGAGGACUGGGUUGUCCUGCAGCAAUCUAUCUUGCAGCAGCUGGUAUUGGUAGGCUUGGUGUUGUAGAUUAUGAUGAUGUUGAACUCAAUAAUUUACACAGACAAAUUCUUCAUACAGAGAAAAGAGUUGGUACCUCCAAAACUGCAUCCUUAGCAACUUCUUGUGCUCAACUAAACUCCAGUGUACAGUAUAUACCAUACCAUUUACAGUUGUCCAGCAGCAAUGCCAUUGAGAUAAUUCAACAUUAUGACAUUGUGAUAGAUGCCUCUGACAAUGUUGCCACACGAUACCUUGUUAAUGAUGCAUGUGUCAUCUCUGGCAAGCCUCUGGUUUCUGGUAGUGCUCUACGAUUUGAAGGACAGCUGACUGUUUACAACUAUGAUGGAGGUCCCUGUUACCGCUGUCUCUUCCCUCAGCCUCCUUUACCAGAAACAGUAACUAACUGCUCAGAUGGAGGGGUUUUGGGCGUGAUUCCUGGAAUUAUUGGAUGUUUACAGGCCUUAGAAGUCAUUAAAAUUGCUUGUGGUUUACAGUCUUCUCUGAAACAGCACUUACUUCUGUUUGAUGGUAUGGAUUGCUCGUUUCACAAAGUAAAACUUCGUCCUAGUCAAAAGAACUGCAUUGCUUGUGGAGAUGGGUCAAAACCAGAGCUGAUAGACUACGAACAGUUUUGUGGCUCUCGAUCAAAUGAUAAGGAAACUCAUGUAUCCACUUUGUCAAAUGAACACCGAAUUUCAGCUGCGGAAUACAAAACUUUUCUUGACCAACACUUGUCUCAUGUCCUUAUUGAUGUUCGGCAACCUGUUGAAUUAGAAAUCUGUUCUCUGCCAAAGAAGGCCAUCAAUAUUCCAAUGUCUGACGUAAGAAAUGCAAAGAAAAUCAAGUCACUGCUUUCAGAAGACCAAGAUCAGGGUAAAUUGAUUGUGGUGGUGUGUCACCAUGGUAACGAUUCACAAAUUGCAGUGAAAAAGCUACAGGAAGUUUUUACCAACCUGAUUAUAAAAGACAUACGAGGUGGUAUCUCAGCUUGGGCCCAACUAGUACCAAAUUUUCCUCAAUAUUGAUGGAAGAACUUACUUAAUAUGUUCUGAACUUGCCAUAAUUAAGCUAAGUUUUGAAAAAUUAAUCUGAUUUUAAAAGUUUUGGCAUAUAAAUAAAUGAGUUGUUUGCAUUCUAUUCAACAAGGAGCCAUGAUAGUGAAUGAUAUCUCAAAAGCUAUUAUCAGUGUUGAGAAAACACGACUAGCUGACAGGUACUUUCUCUGGACAUUCAGAAGCUUCUGCUUCAACAUUGACAGUUUUGAUUUUUUUUGUUAUCACAUUUUUUAAUACACUUCCUGUAUGUUUAAUAUUGAAAAUAAUUAAAAAAUGAAAUAAUAAACUAACUUCUCAUUUACUACAAUCUUUUGUCUCUGCCUUACAACUUAAAUGCUUGUAUUUAAACUAACUUGCUAUAAUAAUUUCUUGUAAGAACCCAUAUUUGUUUACUUAUGUGUGAAACAACAGCAUAAUGCAGAAAUAAGUAUAAAAAUUAGGUGUUUUAGUAACUACAACCAAAUUAGGAAACACUUCAGUUGUCUAAUAUGGUUAGGGGAAAGGUUAAACUGUACUUAUGUCAUCCUCAUUUUGAUCAUCAAAUAAAGGACCUUGCCUAUCUGAGGCUAAUACUCAAAUAAUAUAGAGAAACUAGAUUCAAUCUUUGAGGUAAUGAACUGAGGUACAAGUUAUAAGAAAUGCAAAUGUUCCUACUUCAUUUUUAUGUACAUUUUAAAUAAACUUUCAGGUCAUAAUAUGUGAGGUGAGAUAAAUAAAAAUCAAUAGUAAAAAAAAGAAGAAAUCCAAGUAAGAUGGAUGAAAAUAUUUUAUGCAUUUCAAUAUUUAAGGGUUUUGUUAUACAUAUUUGCAAAUAUUUUUAGACUCCUCUUUCCAACCACCAGUGGAUAAACAAUAGGUAUGUAUAUAUGUGUAAUGAAGUAUAUAUGUGACAUAUAUAUUUAUACACACAUAAACACUAGUAUAUCUGUUACAAGCAUUUGUAAAAAUGCGAGUUGAAAUAAACAGCUUUUUAAUAAUUUGAGAAAGGACUAAAAUAAAAAUAGGAGAGAUAGAAACGUACUCUUUCUUAAUCAAAAUAUUAAAUUUUCUCACAAGAAUGUGGAAAAAAAUAUUAUCAAACCAAAAAUUUGUUAGAAAAACCUUUUACUUCCAAAGAGGUUCAAUAGUAAAAAUAUAAAAAAAAAAAGGCAAACUAAUUAAAACAGAGAAAGAGGGGGGGAAAAGUAGGAGGAUUAAAAAAAAAAGCUUUGAAGUGCUUGCAAAAUAAUUAUUUAAAAUGUUUAUUCUUUAUCCAUUGUACAAUUUGAAGUCAUUGAAUUAAAAAAAUAGAAACAAGAGCAAUUUUUUUUCCAAAGGAAACUAUAUCUGUAUGAAUAUUUACGAAGUUAUUUUACAUAAACCUCUUUGCACACACAGUAUAUAGAGAAGCUAUAUUGUUGGGCAGGGUGGGAGAAGGUUUGCACAAUAUCAACUAACACCUCAUCUGAAAUAAUUCUUAAAGGGCCUUAGGGUGGCAGUGGGCAUUAAAAUACCUAUUUUAGAAAAAUUUGUCUUCCAUCAAAAUUGUAUUCUACACAAAAACCAUUCAUUCAUCAGGAAUCAUAUCUUUGAUAUUAGUGAUGAAAAGAAUUUGUUUAAUUUAUUUAUUGUUUUCAUUUGAAUAAAUAUUGUAGUCUAUAAGAAAUUAUGAUUGGUUAAAACUUUAAGAGGACUUUUAAUUAAAAAAAAUAUAAAGACUAAAAUGUGUUCUUUAAAGGCUGAAAAAUAACCAAAUAUUCCACUUUUAUUUAUUUAAUUCUGUAUAUUAUUCAAUAAUUGUUUUUGUUAUGGUAAGGGAGGAAAUAAUUAUCUCAGACCAAGUUACUGUGCUGUUAGCAUUUAGUAGUCACACGAAACAAAGUUCUUAAGAGAAACCAGAACAAAAAGCAAAUUAAAGUCUUGAAGAAUAUAUAUUUUGUCUGCUAUUUGAGAUCAAAAUAAACUACAGGGCAAGACUAGGCUUGACAUUCCAAUACAAACAUUGAAUAGCUGGCCAGGGCAAGUUAGAAUUAAUUCUAACAAUUCAAAUGAAAUAUUGUGAAAACUAUUUAUAAUAAUGAUGCCUAAGAAAUAAAAAUGGAGAUUCUAAGAAGAUUGAGCAAUAAAUAUUUCAAGUAAGACAGAAAAUAAUAGACUGACAGUUAACAAACAUAGGCUUGUGGCUAGAUUAGAUAAGACAAGAACUGAAAUCUUAUGGACAGGAUGUUAUAACAAUACAACAUUCAUGAAUGGUAGUCAUGUCCUGGCUGAGAAAGGGUGCCAUGUAAGGUUAUGCCUGAUUCUGAAGUAAUUACGGUACAGUAAUUUACAACUGUACAAUCCAUAGCAGUCUUCCUAUAAUCUGCUGCCCUCUCCCUCCCAGCAAAAUAGAGGGAGCAACUCCCUCUCCAUACCAUCCCCCUUGCAUCAUGAACCAAGAAAAUAUUUGUAGAGAUGUGUGUAGGUAUUUUUAUCUGAAAUACCAGACAAGACAGGGCUAAUAACAACAGUAUAAAAACCCAAGAGCAUAACUGAUAGUUGUAUAAAGCAGUAGAGAUCAAGUGACAUUUUCCCUAAUUUUAAGAGAGUUAUGCACACAAUGUGUGGUUCAGACAGCAAUAAAGAGAGAAAUAGAAUAUACAAGAAUAGCUUAUGGACAUGUCAACACAAAAUAUGGAUGGCAGUUAAGAUUUGCACAUGAGGGACGGCUGGUAAGUUGGACAUAAAAUUCUAAGGGAGUGGUGAAGAAAGAUUAAAAGGAAAGGCUAGCUCUUCAAUCUUAAUUCAGUUCUUUUAGGCAAACUACACUAUGUCAAGUAACGAUGUAAUUUUUCUUUGGAUGGAGACAUUGUUCAUUCUAGCUUACAUAUUUUAAUUUGGGCUGUAUUUAUGAAGGAAACGAGGUCAACCAGUGUCAAAUAUGAAAAAUAUUUGGAGAAAAAUAAGAUUAAUGAGAGAAAAUUCCCCUUUCAAGCUCUUGCCUCAUAACAAUUUUUCUUUUAUACUCCAAUUUUACAACCCAAAUCUUUUAAACAAUUUUCUUUUUCUUAUGUGAAAAGAAAGAGAAAAAUUAACCAAAGAAAACGUAUUGAGUUAGAAGACAGUUUUUUUAAAAAUAAAUAUCUUUUGUGCAUCUAGAGUAGAACCAUUACAAUUGCUCAAAAUUAGCAGGACUAUGCUCUGACUUCUCCAAGAGAUAAUAAAAGGAAAAGGCAUGAAACAACAAUGUUCAAAGGGAAGUAUCUCCUAGAGUUAUUUGAAACUUCAUUAAGGUAAAUAAAUUAUGAGGUGACAACUAAAUAUAAUUUUAGAUUUUAAUGAAUAUUGCCAUUGAUUGCAUUCAGAAAGAGAUCCAUGUACACACCCAUUAAAUAGAAACCAAGAAAAUUCAGCAAGGUAGAUUACUUCUUGGUAUAUUCAUACUUUAUUAGAUAACACUGACUUCUUUCAGAUAUGAAGGCUUGUAUAAUUCUAAGAGGUAAUUAUGUACUUCAACAGUCAAAAGAAAAUUAGUCACUUGAAAUAAAAGAUUUGAAAGGAAGGGAGAAGAAAUUGCAUAGGUUUAAUAAAUGGCUCUAAACAUGUAUCUU